AUGUAUAAUCCUCAAGUGAACUACUUUUCCAUCAUCCAGUUGACUAUAGAAAUACCUUCAGAAGGUUCUACAGUACAUGUUAUGUUCCGUGUGGGAGACAUCUAUUAUGCUGAUCUUGCAGGAUUUCUUUUACCAGAUUCGUGGAUUGAAUCCGUCCGUUUGAUCAGGAACCAAGGUAGAGAUGGUACAACCGUUAUGGUGUUUGAGGGGUGUCGAUCAGGACGUCCGGAUUACGGUGGCGAACCGAAACCCCGCGCGGCAUCUCUCACCACAGUUCUCUAUAUUGGCUACGCUAUUAUAAAUUUCAUUGUGAACACCUUUCUGACUGCAUACCAAACUCGUCCACGAUCAUGCAAUUUCAUACGACUUUUCAAGUACAUGUUCAUAGUACGUUUCUGGGAUCUAUUGGAUUUCCUCGUGGGUAUUCUGGCCAUCACUUCAGUGGUCGCGUACUUCAUUCGUCAAGUCUAUAUUGACAAGGCUUUGGCGAGUUUCGCUGCAACUAACGGCAACGUAUACAUCAAUCUUGCAAUGCAAAGGAAUGUGGAGCUUGUGUUCACGUACUGCGUGGGCGGCGUCGUGUUCUUUGUGGCCUGCAAGAUGAUUAAGAUUUUACGGUUCAAUCGUCGUAUUUCUAUAUUAGCAACCACACUGGAUUACGCAAGUGUUCCGAUCAAGGAUUUUGCCACUGUUUUCUUGGUGAUAAUUUGUGCAUUCAACGCUGCCCUAUACUGUCUCUUGUGGGCUCGUCUGGAGAGCUACAACUCGAUAAUAUCGACUUUUGCAACGUCAAUAUCUGGAAUGCUGGGGAAAUUCGUCGUUGCCAACAUGUUUACAAUCAACCCACUAGCUUUUAUCAUCUUCUUGACGUUCAUGUACACGGCAACACUGUUCCUCAUCAACAUUUUCGUGAUGAUUGUUCUCUUCGAGUUUGAACAGGUGAGAAGACAAAGAAACUUUCAAAGGAUGAGCCGUGUACACGUUUACCGAGAAUCUAAACACUUUGAAUGCGCAUUCCACCAAUAA